GCAUCUCGGCUGUGCGCUACAUGUAGCUGUAGUAGACUCCCCCGCGGCGAUAACCUUUGUUGCAUAUACAACCAGCUUAUAAUAUACACCGAGCCAAGUGUCUAGGUGCGCAGCGGCAUACUUCUCUCAACCUUCUGCAGCGACGCCCAGCCUGACACCGGCUGGACUGCUAUCGCACUCGCCUGCCCUCCAAAGGGCUGAUGGAUCUUCUCAACUGCCACCAGCCCUCAUACGCUCGAGCUCAUCAACCGCUGCACCAAGCUUGUCCUGGGCUCUCCGAAUUGCACGAGGACUUCCUUGUGCACGAUCCAAUGCUGCUUCGAGGGCCAGCAUGGCUGGCAGGAGGUUGUCCAGCCGCAAAUCGCCGGCAAGGCUUGUCUGCGCCCUCUCCAAUGCUGCCUCCAGUGCGUCCUGUGCUCCCAGUGGGAGGUCACGCCGCCAAUGCUGCACGGGAGCCACAUUGUUGGGAGUCGAGCUGGCCGGCGUCACGCUGCGCUUCUGACUGUCGGCACUCCGUGCGCGUUUGAUGCCACGCUGCACCGUCGAAGUGGUCGAGGUGACACCAGCCGCGCUAGCAAGUUCGUCGGAGAUGCGCGAGACAUUGCGCAACAGCGUGUAAUACUAUGUGUGAGAGAUCGUCGCUCGGCCUCCCCAAGGGCUACUGUGUCGGGCUUGACAUUUGGCGCAUGGUCUUGAGUAGACAUAAUGAACGGCGAGAGAGAUAGGCAGGUGGGUGGAAAGUGGAGACCGAACG